AUGGGGCAAUGCUGCGGGAAAGCCGACAGCGACAACUUCCAGACACCGGGACGCUCUCUAGGCAGUGCACCUCCGCAACCUGAGCGCGCCCCCGUGCCGCAGUCACGGAAAGUCGGCGGGCCACCACGGACACUGGGGGGCAGUGGGAGUGCGAGCGGUCAAGACGCCGGCGGCGAGGCUGCCGCUGACGCGAGACGAAAGGCUGCAGAAGCUGCCGAGGCGAGGGCUAAAGCGGCACAGAAGACUACAGGAAAGUUAAGUGAGCAAUUGCAGGCGCAGAAGAGGCAGACGCGGCAGGAUACGCUUAAUGAAGCCAGCCAGAAUGAGCUUCGAGCCCGGGAGGCAGACCAAGCCGCACAAGCGAGGAACUACGACUAG